AUGUCCAAUACAGCCAUGAAGUGGUUCCUUCAUGUCCUGAUUUACUUUGCGAUAACCAAACUAGCUCUGAGCGGGCCAGAUACUCCAAUACUUCGUCCUGAGGUUGGUGAUGACGAAGGGCCUCACCCAGAGCCACCUGAGCAACUCGAAUCACCAGGAACGUUCCAGUCUGACAUGCUACUGACUCAUCAACAAGCGGAGGACAUCGUCACUAGCGUUAAAGGAAUGAUGGCCCUCCAAAAACGAAGAGCGGUACGCACUGGUUACUGGCCUGACGCUAAAAUCAUCUACCAAAUCGAUGAAAACUUCGGAGCUACAAUGGUUACCAAGAUUAAUGAAGCUAUGGAAUGGUGGCGUCAAGACACGUGUGUCACUUUUGAAGAGUACGUACCGUCAAGCACCCCCGAUUCGGAUCAUCGUGUGGUCUUCAAAAAGGGCUAUAACGGAUGUUACUCUGAUGUAGGGAUGAUUGAUGACUUUCCACAACACAUCCAUCUGCAGGAAGAUACAUGCGAUGUGACAGGAACGAUAGCGCACGAGAUUGGCCACACUGCGGGUUGGUGGCACGAACAUGCCAGGAUUGAUAGAGAGCUGUACGUCACAAUCCGUUACGAGAACAUCCAGGACGGCAAGGAGAAACAGUUCGUUAUGCAUGAGAGUGAAUCCUAUGGCGUCCCGUAUGACACAGAGUCUAUCAUGCACUACGCAUCAACGUAUUACUCCAAAAACGACUUUGUGACGAUUGAGCCUCACAAACCACUGGAAGCAUUCAAAAUGGGAAAUCGAAAAUACUUCACUUUCUUCGACAAGAAACUGGCUAACCUCAUGUACAAUUGUUCUGGUGUGUGUACAGAAGACCUGCAAUGCGAAAAUGACGGCUACGUUGGUCAAGAUUGCAUUUGUCACUGUAAACUGGGUUACAGUGGAGAGAACUGUGAGCUGUACACUGCAAGAGAUGAAGAUGAUCCUUGCUACAAGGAAUUUGAAGCUAAAUUUGACAGCGAUCAACAGCUGAACUCACCCGGGACUCCACUACCUUACGAGCCCAUGCUUUAUUGCCCCUGGUUGAUUACGGCCCCUGAAGGGUCUACCGUUAUUUUAACAUUUCUCUUUCUUGACACUGAGGGCGGUAGCUGUAAGAGCGACUAUGUCAAAGUACGAAGCGGUACUGAUAUUUUCUACGGUGGGGACAGUUACUGUGGUCAAACUCUGCCUGAACCCAUCGAGUCUGUAGGAAAUCAAAUGAUAGUAAUUUUCAAAUCGGAUGGAAGCAUUCAAGGCAGAGGAUUCAGGGCACAGUAUAGAGCCAAUCCUGCAAAGACCAUACCAACUACACCUGAGGCAACCACCCCCGAGGCAACCACCCCCAAGGCAACCACAGAGGCAACCACCCCUCCCGAGGAGCCUACCACGCAGCUUCCAGCUACCGACAAGCCGAUUGUACCUAAAUGUGGAGACGUUGAAGGGUCGUGUGGUGGGGUUUUCAACGUAGAUUCUGGCUGUAUUGCAUCACCGAAUUUCGGAAAUGGCGAGUACAAUAACAACGAAGAAUGUGUUUAUCGUAUCACAGUCGAUUCUGGUAAACGUGUUGAGUUGAGACUAGAGAAACUUGAUGUGGAGUACCAGGAUGAGUGCACGUGGGACAGAGUGGUGGUCAUUCCAGGACAAACUCAUGGCUCUGUCAGGGUUUGUGGAGAAUCCGUUCCGGAAGGAAGUUUUGUAUCACUUGACAACACCAUGACGGUGAAGAUGAUCAGUGACGCACUUAAGACUCAAGGUGGAUUUUCAGCAAGCUUCCAGGGGAUUACCGUGGAUUAAAAGGAUGAGGAACAAGAACUAAUCCAUGUUCAGGACGACGGAACGGCGGCGACCAAUGU